AUGCGAAAUGGAAAGUUCGAGAGAAAGAAGGUGGACACGGUGGAGGCUCUGAGCAAAGAGGAGAGGGAGGCCAUCUUGGCCGACAUGGAGCAAGAGAAGCAAAAGAAGAUGCAGGCGAUAACAGAGAAGAUGAAGCAGCAAGUAAAGAGGAAGAAGAAGCAGCAGGAGGAUGUGGAAGCCAAGAAGAGGGCCCAGAUGGAGGAGGUCGAGGCCCUCGAAGAGGAGAGGAGGCGGCAGAAGGUGAAAGAGCUCAAGAACUGGCUGCGACAGAAAGAGGAGCAGGAUCGUGCAAAGAAGGAGAGGGACGCCGCAAUGGUGUUGGAGAUGCAGGAGAAGGAGGUGCAGAAGGUCGAGCAGGCGAAGGUACUUGAGCAGCAGAGGCAAGAGCAGCGGGAUCGUCGGCUCCAGGCAGUUGCCAAGCAGAAGGCACGCUCCUCCGACAAGAAGGAACAAUUCUGCGAGGGCUGUCCUCUUGAGAGGGCUGUUCUCUUGGGUCUUUUCAGCACAGCAAAGGACACCUUUCGUGAUACGGGUGAAGGAAGCCUGUUUUUCCAGGCCGCGCAACAGGAGAAGCUCAAUGCAUCCCAAAGGGAGCAGCCAGAGGACGCGCAUCAGGACCUGCUGUGA